AUGGGAGGAGCUACCAACCUACCUCCUGGUUUCCAUUUCUUCCCUUCAGAUGAAGAUCUCGUCGUCCAUUUCCUCCGUCGCAAAGUGGCCAACCUCCCAUGCCGCCCUGACAUCGUCCCGACGAUACUUCUGCACCGCUACGAUCCGUGGGAAUUGAAUGGUUUGCAUUCUCAGCCAUCUCUCUAUUGUUAUAUAUGCAUGGUAAAAAUCGUGUGCGUACAACAGCUGAUAAUCUUCUUCCAAGGAACCGCGCUGCAAGCUGGAAACCAAUGGUAUUUCUUUAGCCAUGCCGCGCAAAGCAGAACCUCUCCGGCUGGGUACUGGAAUCCCGUUGGUGCCGAUGAAACAGUAACAAGCAGUGGCUGUAUUGUCGGCGUGAAGAAGACGCUCAUCUUCUGCACUGGAGAGCCUUUCAAAGGUUUCAAAACAAACUGGAUCAUGCAUGAGUACCACCUUCAAGAUGGAGGAUACAAUGUCAGCGGUAGCAGCACCCCAAGUAGCUCAAGCUCCAGUAGGAAAUCCCAGAGGAAGAGACUUCACUCAAGCACGGAGUCCAACAGCUGGGUGAUAUGUAGAGUGUUCGAAUCAAGUUGCGGUUCACAAGUGAGCUUCCAUGAUGAGGGCACAGAGCUUUCAUGCUUAGAUGAGGUGUUUUUGUCGUUAGAUGACUAUGAAGAAGAGAGUCACUACACAGUAAAGUGA